CAAAGAUUUCGAAGUAUCUGUAAGGUCAAGCGGAAUGCAUUCUUAUUUCGAGGAAAAAAAUGAGUUCUAAAAAUUUAAUUGAAAUCGGUCAAAGUAAGCAAAAUAAAAAUUCUAUUUUCGCUCAAUAAUGGCAAUGUCGCGAGGUGGUUCGAAACCCAUUCGAGUUCUCGUACAGUGUGUUAAAAAUAAACACACGCACAAGCGUGAGCGUGGAAACGCGAGAUUUCUCCACGAUUGACAUUAUUUUCGUGAUUCAGCUAGUGGAGAUAUAUUAAGAAACGCGGGAUGAGGCGAUGCUGAAGAAGGAUACAAGUAAAAUGCGCCUGUCGAAAACGACCGAGUGGAUCGGAUUCCGAGACUGGUAGGCGCAACGAUCGAACGGUCUCGGCGAGUAAAGGGCAACCUGAAAGACCUGGAAUAAUGCCCACUGUAGCGAACUCGUCGCUCACCUACGAGAUUCUCAUGUACCUGAACUCCUUCUACUUCGGUAUGUUCGCCGUCUGCGAGUUGGGCAUGGGACUGUUCAAGGCCGCGAACUUGCCCUCGCCAAGCACGAGCAAGGCCCUGAUGGAGUUUGCGCUGUUGCUCUUCCUCCUAGCAACGGAAGGCGGCAGGAUCUACCUGGGCAGAAAGGGGAAUCUGACCGAGCGUGGAUUACCGAUUCUUAUCGGAAUAAUCCUGACAAUUCCUAGUUCGUUAGCGACGCUCUACUUGCUCCUCUGGCAGUACUACGUGCUCAGACUGGAGGUGAUUCUCUGUAGCAUACAGUUAGUUCUGUUGGCGUCCGAAUUAGUCAUCGCUAUUAUGUGCCUUAUAGCCUUUUAUCGACCACCGCCCCCAGAAAAAUGAUGUAGCUUUUCGAUAAUCUAUUCUAGUCGCACGAUGAUCCUAUUUUGCACUUGUCACUUCGUUUAACAAUUCAUUCCGAGUGUUAACAAUUUGUCAUAAACGAAGCCGAGCUAUCUGCCAUUGCUUUUGUCAGAUAGUAAGACUUUUCAUUCUUAAUAAUAAUUUUAAUUAUUGUUAUUUCUACAUUUAAGAAACAAAUCUAUCGCAUAUUUUCUUUAGAUCUGGUAUAAUCUUGCAUUCUGCGUAAUAUAUUACGCAUGGAUACAAUGAAAUGUAGUGUGUAUUGGUGUUUCGCAAAUAUCUCUUACUAUUUUAAAUAUUAAAAAUAAAGACUGGCUACUAUAGGAAAGAGUUAAAAAUCUACUUUUGUAUCUUCCUCGAGAUAUAUGCUUACAUAUAAAAUGCAAAGAUUUAAAGUUUUACAAACAAUAUACAUUUUAUACAUUUGGAUAGUGUGCCUUGUACAUACACUAAUCUACAUUCCAUAGACUGAGAAUUAGAACAGUUUGGAAUCUAAAUUUUGUGCAAUAUGAUAAUCUUAAAAGAAAUUCAAAUUAUACAUUCAGUAGCCACUUUAUUUAAAAAUGAUAUGUGAGAAUAAAACUAGAAAAGAUUAUAUGUUUUAUGUUGAAAAAAUGUUAGGAUUUCUAUAAUUAA